CACGUACGUACACAGGCAUUGCCCUUGGUUCGAGAGUUGAGUUAAACUGAGAGAAAGAAAAUGCUAUCCGCAACUUCUACUGUCUUUCGAAGCUCCAGACUUUUUCCAGUAGUAUCAUCGAGAUUACUGGAAUGCUGCAACCACAGAGAAACAUCAGCCAAGAGUAUGGCAUCCAUGGCACCUGUAGGCUUCAUAGGUUUAGGCAACAUGGGGGCUCACAUGGCUAAGAAUCUUAUCAACAAGGGCUAUCCGGUCGUUGUCAAUGAUGUUUAUCCUGAAGCUGUAGCUGAUCUAGCUGACCUUGGUGCCCAGGUUGGGGAUACUCCAGCUGAUGUAGCUCAGAAAGCUGAUCGUAUCAUCACCAUGCUGCCUUCUAGUCCAAAUGUCUUGGAAGUUUAUACUGGAGAAAAUGGAAUUUUAUCGUCAGUAAAGCCAGGUACAUUAUUGAUUGAUAGCAGUACGAUUGACCCUCAGGUAUCUAAAGAUGUAGCAGCAAUAGCAGAGAAGAAAGGAGCUACAUUCAUGGAUGCACCUGUAUCAGGUGGUGUGAAUGCUGCUAGAGAUGGUAUCUUGACAUUCAUGGUUGGAGGUAAGACUGAAGAGUUUGUUGCUGCUGAGGAGCUAUUACUCAAUAUGGGUAAAAAGGUCUGGCAUACAGGAGCAGUAGGUACAGGAGAGGCAGCAAAGAUAUGCAAUAACAUGUUACUGGCCAUCUCCAUGAUUGGUGUCUCAGAAGUCAUGAAUCUUGGUACAAGGUUAGGUUUAGAUAAGAAGAUAUUAGCCGAUAUCUUAAGUACAAGCACUGGUCGAUGCUGGUCUGUAGAUACCUACAAUCCUGUUCCAGGGGUAAUAGAAGGAGUGCCAUCAAGUAAUAAUUAUCAAGGAGGAUUUGGUACUGCUCUCAUGGCAAAGGAUCUUGGUUUAUCCAAUGCAGCAGCUAUCAACACCAAGUCACCUAUUCCAUUAGGUUCACUUAGUAAUCAAAUAUAUCGUCUUAUGUGCAACCAAGGAUAUUCACUCAAAGAUUUCUCAUCAGUUUAUCAGUUUCUCAAGGAGCAGCAGGAUUCAUCAUAGUCAUCAAGCUUUCAUAAAGCUGUUAUACAUGACUGCUGAUGCUCACCCGUUAUGGGAGUGCAUUUCCCAUAACCUGUAUGAAAAUGUUUGAAUUGUUCAUUCAGAUGCUUGUAUAAGAUGUGAAUUUAAAUGUGAAGAUUGGAUUUCAUCUGUAUCUCAAGGGAAUAAAAAUGACAGUGAAUCUUAUUCAGCAUCAAUAUCAGGUGACCAGUCUUAUAUAACAGCUUUAUGAAACACCUCCCAUAGCUUACUGGUUGAUACUCAUAAAAGCAGAUAGUUUAUUGAAGUGAAUGCUCUUACUAUUAGACAAUGUUUUCAGCCAUCUUUGUCACAAUCAUUAUUCUUCUUGCAAAUGCACUACAGUAGUAAAUGCGUCAUUCCUACUGAAUCACGGUGACUUCUCAAAAGCAUUGAAAUACUGUCUUGAAAUUGAUUUCCUUUCCGACAAUUUCAUUGAAAAAUUUAUUGAACAAAAGGAACAGUUCAACAUUUGGGACUUGUAGUCAAUUGGAUGACUUUUAAAAUGUAUUUUCAGAUGAAAUAUGAAAUAUUCUGAGACUAUUGCUUUAAUGAAUAUCAAUCUUUUUAUCCGCAUUUUUAUUUGAAAUUAAAGUUUCAUUUUAAAUCUGACUGAGUUUACUUUUUAAAAGACAGGAAUGGGACUGAAUGGAAAGGCAAAGGACCUAUUAUCUCUAUGUCUAUUGAAUAUAAAAUGUAUAUAUUUUGGGGAUGUGGUAUCUUUUAUCCUAUUCUGAAAUAAGAUUAAGCCUUUGACAGAUUGCGUCCUGAAAGCACUGUUACUAAGGUAACUUGUAUCCUUUCAUGAUAAACACUCCUGUUGACAAUGCUUACUUUAUGCUAUCUCAAUUUUUAUUGAUUGAUAUUAAUGGCUGAAUAAUUAAAAAGAGGUGGGAUGGCAUUAUAAUCUAGUCUAGAAAUCAUGAAAUAUUGUAUAUAUUUUACAGAGUGGGAAAAUAUGGAGAUGAAGGACUUGUUAUUAGGACUUCACAUUGUGUGCUUAUUCAUCCUUUUUCCUGUAAUUCUUUAUUGAUUUCAAGUUUGAUUUGUUCACUGUAUUCUCAUGGUCUUUUAUGUAUUCUACAAUCAUAUAUCUUACUUUAUUUAUUUACAUAUAAUGUACUGCAAAGUACUCCCCCCCCCCACUCCAACACACAGACGCUCAUCUUGUCUUUGUAAAAAGAAAUGUAGUUUAUACUUGAGGUGUGGGUUUUGGUUGCAAAUUCAUUCACACUACGACUCAUUGAUGUACAUGCAUUGUUAAACAAAUAGACCCAAAUUAACAUUGAAAGGUUGUUUGCAACCAUGCUUUGAACCCCUGGGUAGUUUUUUUUUAUUUGAACUUGAAGUAAACUUGUGUUCAGCAUUUCAUCCUCUUACAUUUCACAAAUGGCACUGGUGUUGUUUGCAUAUUAUUGUCUUGAUCAUAUAUUUUAGGUUUUUAUACUCCUACCAAACAAAGGUUGGAGGGGUAGGGGGUAGAUAUGAAUCAGUGUGAGGCUAUGCAGUCGGGCAGGCAGACGGAUCUUGGGAACAUGGAAAUCUGUUUGACCUAGCCAAACUUUCACUUACAAGAUGUAAAUGAAUUCUGUUUUGAAAAAAAAAUGCUUUGAUUUUAAAAACAAUUCUUGGACUUACGAAAGGUUGACUUGAGCAGAAUCUACUGUACUUCUUCAGACUGUGUUGGUCUUGGAGGAAAGACAUGGAAGACCUUUGUUUUAUGUGUGAAAUACUGUGUUGUCAUUUUAAAUGUUAUGGAAAUAGAUUGAGAAAAAAUAUUUUCACUAAAUUAAAAAACACUUUCUUGGUUUAUGCCCAAUGCUAACAGGAAAUGUUUUGGGUACUGAAUUGUCAUGGCAUCUUCCUCAUCAUAAGAUCAUCUUCAUCAUAAGAUCAUCUUCAUAGGAGACUGGUUGAUAUCACCUUCAUGAAUAUUUUAUAUAGUUGUAAGGCCUGUUCAACCAUGUGCAAAAGACAGUACACCCAACAACAUGACUGUGUUUGAAUUGGAUAUGAGCUAGGCUACGAACAUUUAACCAACCCAGGAUAAAUUGUUAGCCCUAGUGCUGCAGAAUGUUGUUUUCAAAACUAAAUGAAAAAUAUGAUUUUAUUUGAGAGUUGAAUCUGAGAGCGCAGACACAUUAUUAGAACGUGCCAUAUUGUGGUUGAUGUACAGACUCGUGAUUGAAAUCUUUGUGAAUUUGGGUCAUGAGUAAAGGUUUUAAGAAAUGUAUCCUGAUAAAUGGAGGUUGAAGAAUGAUAAUAAUCAUGUAUUUUAAAUUAGGAAUAAAUGAAGAAAUAUAUCUAAA